AUGAAAUUGAUCAUCGCUUUCGCCGCUCUCGUUGCCGUAGCUUUGGCUGCUCCUCAACACAAGGACGAGAAGGAUGCUUACGUAGUCAAGCAGGAAUUGGACAACAUUGGCGUCGAUGGAUACCAACAUGCUUAUGAGACCAGCAACGGAAUCUCUGCUUCCGAACAAGGACAGGUCAUCAAUGCCGGAACUGAAAAUGAAGCUAUCGCCGUCCGUGGACAAUUCUCUUACAUCGGAGCUGAUGGUGUCACUUACACUGUAACCUAUGUAGCUGAUGAGAACGGUUUCCAACCACAAGGUGCCCAUAUCCCACAACCAGAAUACUAAUCAAGAAAUAUGAUGAAAAUAGCACUCGACUGAUUUUAAAAUUAUUUGAUGAAAAUUAAAUUAUUUUAUUGUUUUAAA